GUAUGCGCACAGCUCUUUCAGACUGAUUCGGCUCAUCAACGUGUUUGGAGAUCUAUGAACAACGUAUCCGCCUCCAUCGCACGUUUUUGCUACGCUGAGUGAAGAAAAGAGGAAGCGAAAUGUUUCCCGCGAGAUAWACUGGACGCUCAAACUGAGUUAAAUUAGUUAAAUCGUGUACAGAUACUAUCCUUUUAGCUAGCAUUACUACUUUACGAUGAGCSGCGUAGCUCAUGUUUAUCUACUUGUCUGUGUAAAUUAAUGUUUGUAUUGAGACACGUCAGUACCAUGGACAGAGAGUGUCUGKCAGUCCUGCCCCGGGUCUGUGAGGUGCUGGCGGCCGCAGGAAGCUCGCUGCCGGAUGACACAAGCCUGGAGAAACUUCUCGACUGGUUCACAGCUCUGACCAAUUCUGGCGUGUCUCUGCUGGAAGUCUGCCCCUGUCUGCUUGAAUUCAUAUCCACCGUGGUUUCCAAGAGCACGACCUCUGACCCCAGCAUCCUGUCCUUCACUCUGAAAUUAACCGGCCUAUUGGCCGCCACUGAGGACGGCUUUAAAGUUCUUCAGGAGCGCUCCCUCUUGGACCUGGUCUUUGACUCUGAUCACUGGCAGGAAGCUGGACUCUGGGAGGAUCCGUGUAUCAGGAUCGGUUGGAUCCAGGGCUUGAGGACAAUGCUGCAGCACCCAAACGCUCUCAGUUUCUUUGUACAAGCAGAUUUGACUGAACCUCUCCUCCAACUUCAGACGGACUCAAGUCUAUUUGUUGCUUCAGCCGCCAAUCAAAUGCUGGCUCACGCUCUGCUUGUCUGUCAGUCUGUCUCGCCCCCUGAGGGACGUCACAACACAGACCAGGAAACAGACUGGAAACAUCGAACUCUCCCCCUGGAAACUGACCAAAAUGACAGCGUCAUCGUUGUGGAGGUCUGCAGGUACCUUAAGAAGUCUCUGGUUCCCAAAGCAGCGUCCCAGCUUCAUCAGAGUCAGCAGGUUCUCAAACUGCUGGCCCUGCUCCUGACCCGGGCCGGGCCUCCUCUGAGGGACAAACUGCUGCUGACGGUCUUCGACCCUCUGGAGGAACUGGUGACAUCAAAUUACAGUCGACUCACGCUGCCUCUGAUGGACGUCCUUCUGGCUGCACACAGCAGCUGUGAAAGUGGUGAACACGUCCCAGACCAACGCGUCGCUCGUCUCCUGUCUUCCAUGUUGAACACGGGGGAACCAGCCGAUCUCGUUCACGCCGCAGCGGCUCUUCUCCGCAGCGGCCUGGGGGAACGUCUCUCUCAUCGCAGCAGCGACCUCGUUGCUCGGUCCGCAGGUGUUCUGCUGCUGCCUCUGGACAUCGCCACCGGCCGCGCCUUGCUGGGCACAAACAGCACAGCGGAUCAGCUCCGGCUUUCAAUGACGGAGCAGCUGAAGAGGAAAACCUCCUGUGUCUCCAUGAUUUGCAUCAGUCUGACUCACGUCCCACAGGCCCCUGACUGCCUCCCCUGUUCUCCGCGUGAAAUUGUGUCUGCAGUUUUGUGCUUGUUGAGGCUGUGCAGCGGGGACUGCUCUUCCUCGCCUUCUGUGUGCUCUGAAGUCUUCAGAAGUGUCCUCGGCAGCGGCAGAGUCCAGAAAUGUGCUCUAGAUGCUCUGGCAGCUCUCAGCAGCAGCUCAGGAGCAAAGGUCCUGCUGGUUGAGGUGUUCACACUCCUGAUCCAGUAUCUGAACAGUCCUGCUUCAGAUCCCACCGUGAUCCAGAAGUCGUACCAGGUUCUGCUGAAGUGGGUCGGUGUUCGCUCGGACCUCUUGGAUGUGACAGAGCAGCUCAGAAAAGAUCUCCUGCAGGUGCUGAGGAAGCGUGUCUGCGACGUGCGCUGGGAGGUCCGAGACUCCACCGUGGAGUUUCUGGGGCGCCUCGCUGCUGCGCCCGAGUUUCUGCCAGCCGGCCSCCGCAUCGCCGUCCCUCUCCUCCAGGAGGCGCUGCGGGACCCCGAGAGCUACGUGAGGGCCAGCUCGGUCUGGGCUCUGGCCCGGACUCUGGCUCCCGCCUGGCAGCAGGGGGCGGCGCUCAGUCAAGAGGAGGCUGACAUCGUGACCCGCCUGCUGAAGAUUCUCUCUGAGGACACAGAGGGGUUCUCCAGGAGGGCUGUUGUUCAGUUCUUCAUCUCCUGGUUCUCCUCGUGCCCCUCACCUUCCUCCUGCUCGCUCCUCACGCAGUCCGUCCCCUCCGUUCUCUCGCGGGGCAGCGCAGACCUGGACUGGGAGGUCAAGGUUCACACUCUGGAGCUGGCGGAGCUGCUGAUGACCCGGGCCUCAGACAGUCGGUCUCACCCCUACGCCACGGCGUCAAACACAACCUUCGACGCGGGGUCCGGUUCGGUCACCACGUUGAACAGUUUGGUGGACCGAGGAGUUCUCUCGGUCUUGUUGAGUGGUUUGGUGGACUGCGACAGACCCGUUGGGCUGAAGGCCUGUCAGCUGCUGGUGAGACUCAGAGACACAGUUUGUCCUCUGGAUGGACGCGAUGCCCUGGUGACAGACGGCGGAGCGUCCUGCGAACUGCCCUGCUCCGGCUGGGCCCGGGAGGUGAGAAGAAUGCUGAGAACCACCGCCUGUGUCAACGGAGCCGACGGGCUCGGUUCUGAAGACCGCUGUGAUGAGGAGGAGGAAGAUCGGGCCGUGCGGGUCGGGGUGUACGAGGCSUUGAGGCGUCUGCCGUUAGACGAGAGGCUGGCUGUCCUGACUCAGAGCAGCGACCACGUUCACAACUCCCCCCGGUCCCUGCUGCAGGACAUCCUGACCGCCAGCAGAGCAAACGUUCACCUGGACUCCCAGCCGGGCCAGGAGGUCAUAGUGGACUGUUACUGACACACACACACACACACACACACACGCACGCACACGCACGCACGCAUGCACGCAUGCACACACACACAGCAGGGCAUUCAGAUUAAUGUAUUUAAAAAUGACCUGGAAAUCCUUAAAAAAUCUCAUCUAUUGUCACCUUUUGUCAUGAUUUAAAAUAAAUAUGUUGUUUGUAUAAAGUAUUUAAUCAUAAA